CGGUGAGUCUGUGAGUAAUUGUGCUGUCGGCUUGGCCUGCCAGCCCCGCGGGAAAAAUGCAGAUCUUCGUCAAAACCCUGACUGGAAAGACCAUCACCCUUGAGGUCGAGCCCAGUGACACCAUUGAGAAUGUCAAGGCAAAGAUCCAGGACAAGGAAGGCAUUCCCCCAGAUCAGCAGAGGCUGAUCUUCGCUGGGAAGCAGCUGGAAGAUGGUCGUACCCUGUCUGACUACAACAUCCAGAAGGAGUCCACUCUGCACUUAGUGCUGCGCCUCAGAGGUGGGAUGCAGAUAUUUGUCAAGACCCUGACUGGCAAGACCAUCACCCUGGAAGUUGAGCCCAGUGACACCAUUGAGAAUGUCAAGGCCAAGAUCCAAGACAAGGAAGGCAUUCCACCCGACCAACAGAGGCUGAUCUUUGCUGGGAAGCAGCUGGAAGAUGGUCGUACCCUGUCCGACUAUAACAUCCAGAAAGAAUCUACCCUGCACCUUGUCCUGCGUCUGAGAGGUGGGAUGCAGAUCUUUGUCAAGACCCUGACUGGCAAGACCAUCACCCUUGAGGUUGAGCCCAGUGACACCAUUGAAAAUGUCAAAGCCAAGAUCCAGGACAAGGAAGGCAUUCCCCCAGAUCAGCAGAGGCUGAUCUUUGCUGGGAAGCAGCUGGAAGAUGGUCGCACAUUGUCCGACUACAACAUCCAGAAGGAGUCCACCCUGCACCUUGUCCUGCGCCUGAGGGGAGGGAUGCAGAUCUUUGUCAAGACCCUGACUGGCAAGACCAUCACCCUUGAGGUCGAGCCCAGUGACACCAUUGAAAAUGUCAAGGCCAAGAUCCAGGACAAGGAGGGCAUUCCUCCCGACCAGCAGAGGCUGAUCUUUGCUGGGAAGCAGCUGGAAGAUGGUCGUACCCUGUCUGACUACAACAUCCAGAAGGAGUCCACCCUGCACCUUGUCCUGCGCCUGAGGGGUGGUAACUGAACCAACAGGUUGUUGCAUCCAAAUAAAAAGUUUCUCUGCACUUGUUCAUUCCAAUAAAGCUGUUGCAUCCACAAAAA